AUGUUGACGAAGCUCGUGAGCUUCUUUUUACUCACUCUUUUAGUCACUAGUGUCUAUUCAGAACCUCAGUGUCGGAACUUCAAGUCGAUCAUCAGUUUCGGUGAUUCCAUUGCCGACACUGGAAACUUGGUCGCUCUCUCUGAUCCUAACAAUCUUCCUCACGUUGUGUUUCCUCCGUACGGAGAGACUUUCUUCCAACAUCCCACCAGUCGUUUCUCAAAUGGUCGCCUAGUAAUCGAUUUCAUCGCUGAAUUCUUGGGUUUACCGCUUGUUCCUCCUUUUUAUGGAUCUCAAAGUGCAAACUUUGUAAAGGGAGUUAAUUUCGCGGUCGGGGGAGCAACAGCACUGGAACAAUCCUUUCUUGAAGACAGAGGAAUUUAUUUUCCUUACACCAGUGUCAGUUUAGAUGUUCAACUUAAGAGCUUCAAAGAGAGUUUGCCUAAGUUAUAUGGCUCUUCUUCAGACUGCAGAGAUAUGAUUGAAAAUGCUUUGAUUCUCAUGGGAGAAAUUGGAGGCAACGACUAUAAUUACGCAUUCUUUGUUGGCAAAAGCGUUGAAGAGAUCAAAGAGCUAGUUCCACUGGAGUUGAUCGGUAUGGGAGGUAGAACAUUUCUGGUGCCCGGAGAGUUCCCACUUGGAUGCUCAGUAGCCUAUUUGACAUUAUAUAAAACAUCAAACAUGGAAGAAUACGAUCCUCUAACAGGAUGUUUGACAUGGCUGAACAAGUUUGGAGAAUACCACAGUGAGCAGCUUCAAGCAGAGCUCAAAAGACUCCAUAAGCUUUACCCUCAUGUCAACAUCAUAUACGGUGACUACUACAACGCGAUGUUACGGAUUUUCCAAGAACCAACCAAGUUCGGGUUUAUCAACAGACCGUUGCCUGCUUGUUGCGGCGUAGGAGGAACGUACAACUACACGGUCGGUAUGCGAUGUGGCAUUGAAGUAGUGGAGUGUUGUAGUGAUCCUUCAAAGUAUGUGAAUUGGGAUAAUGUUCAUUUGACAGAGGCUGCAUACAGAUUGUUAGCUGAUGGAUUACUAAAUGGACCUUAUGCGAUUCCUCCUUUCGAUUGGUCUUGCCUCAGCUCUGAAAUUAAGAACAAGGAGUCAUUAGACAGAGAGUAG